CUUUGAUACAGAGAAGAUGAUUUUUCUGGUGUUACUGCUGUUGGGAUUCACGGCUAAGGGUAAGAACAUCCUUCAAACACAACUUUGUCCCUUAAGUUUUUUUUUUUUAUUUCUUAAUCUGGUGCAAGCUGUUUGGGUGAAGCUUCCUAAACUGUAACAACGUCUUCGAAGUUACUAAAACUUAGCGUAUUAUUUACAGCACUGCUCGAGGGAAUUUCAUCUCUUGGUUUCUGUUAAUUAUAAUGAAAAAGAGUUAUCACCAUUUGCAUGAAAUCUUAUGUACUUUUAUUUUUUCUCCAGCACACGGUAUUUCAAACGUUGACACACUUCAGUUUCACCCUCAUCGUCACGUCUGAAUUGUUUUUCUCGUUCUUUCAGCACUCGUUAUUUUCUUUUUUUUUCGUUAAAAAGCCAUGCUCCUUUCAUCAUUAGGUAAUGUCCUCGUAAGUAGAAUUAGGAUGUUCAAUCUUGAGCUCAGUCGUAAAACAAAGAGGGAAUUUCUUCAUAUUUCGUGCGUGUGAGACCAACGACUUACUACUAAGUUACAGACCCAUAUACCAAUUUCACAUAUCACAUGCGUCCUGCAAAUUAUUCACAUCAACACUAUCGAAAGUUUCACUUAUAUUGAUCUGCGAGUCGAUCUUAUUUAGGAGCUCUUAUUUUUUCCUUUUCAUACCCUUGUGACCAUCAAAGAACAGUAGAAUUAGGUCAUCGAUCCUGUGUCCAGCUAUUUACUUCACUGGAUGAGUCAGGUGCAGCUUGUUUGUGUGUUUUUCUUUGCAGGGCAGCAGCUGCCAUGUGGCAGUACGCCUAUUCCUCAGUCACGAGUUAUAGGAGGACAAGAUGCCAAACCUGGGGCUUGGCCAUGGCAGGUAAGUCCAGUGGUGGCACGGAUACGUCUUUGCUUUUCAGUGAAUGCCUGAUUUAUUCUACUUGCUAGCAUAGAAAAAAGGUCAUAAAAUUAAAUGAUUGAUCUCCUAACACACGUCGCGACAUUCGUAUAAAUACGUUCUGAAAAUAUUGAAGCCUUCCCACCUAAGCUUUGUACUCCUAAAGCAGAGAAACGUAAAACCGUUUUCAUAUCAUCUUUCCUCUAACAGAUAGCUCUGAAACGCAAUGGAGGGUUUACCUGCGGAGGAUCACUGAUUUCUGAUUCGUGGGUCAUUACAGCCGCCCACUGCGUGGCAAGGAGUUCGUAAGUAUCCACUUGCAGUUUUCAUGAACAUGUUACCGAUAAUUCAAAAAUCCAUAUUCAGAGCUAUUUACCUGGCUUGACUUGAGAGUAAUGUUUUUUUCCUCUUCCAUUUCUUUAUGAUUUAACAUUACUACAAAAUCCCAGAGUUAACACCUGAUACACGUUCCUUACAAUAGCAAUUGGCUUGCAUGUAGAAUAGAAGUUCAAUAGGAUCGGAAGGUGUUUUUCUUACCCUCGUGAAAGUUUCACUUGCAUCAAGCGAAAUAACAACUAACACCAAUGCAUCUUUGUAAUUUUCUUUGUUUUGUGUCAUUAGAAAUCCUGCCUCAUACAAAGUUGUUGUUGGCGAUCAUAAUCGAAACACCAACGAGGGAACCGAGGAAGAGGUUGGGGCUCAAAGAAUCAUUAGCCAUCCAUCAUACAACAGACCCAGCCCCAUCAACAAUGACAUAGCCUUGAUUAAACUGUCCAGACCAGUAAAGCUUUCUCAAAGGGUGAAUCCCAUAUGUUUGCCAUCAUACGACUCAGAUGUACCUACUGGAUCAAAAUGUUACAUAACGGGUCAGUCCACCUUUCCCCGUGAUAUACAGAUUUAGCUUAGCCUAAAAGCGAAAUUCCAAGUUUGAAUUCCUUCGAGAUUCAAAUCGGUGUGUUAAGACAUAAUUAGACGGGACCAGUGCUAGGAUAGGUGACUUUCAAAAUUUUCUGUAAUGUGUAGUUUUGGUUUUAUUUAUUUAUUUAUUUUUUUCAAAUUUAGCAUAAUUAAGAUUUGAGGUACAUUAUCGAUUAAAAUAAAUGAUAAUCAAAGAUCUUUAGCUUCUCAAAUAACGCUUAAAAAGUCACAUUUCGCUACGUCUGCAUAGUAAAUUAACUAACUUCAGAACAUGUUGGCCAUAGGAAAGGGGGAUCAAUAUCAGUACCUGGGCCACUGUCCACCUACCCCUCCCCUAACCCAACAUUAACCCUAACUUGUUAUCAAUUGACUGUUGUUGAGUUAGGGGAGGGGCAGGUGAACAGUUGCCCAGAUACGGAUAUUGAUCCGGCAAGGAUUCGCACAUACCAUCGGUUUGUUUGCAAACGGAAUGGAAAGCUCUACAAAUUAAAGAUGACAGCAUAGAUUAUAAAUCAGCGUUCAUUCUAAGGACACUAAAUGCAUCAGUAUGCAGUUCGAAAAUUCUAUUUCACUUUCAACUUUCUAGCAUCCAACCGCUAUCUAGCUUUUAACGGCAGAACGCGGACCCAUUCAUCUGACUAAAGAUAUUUUAGAAACAAACUAAGGUCCAGGUUUUAUCCUUGGCCUAGGAGACAAACAUCACGUUGAUUAUCAAUAGUAGAAGAGUAGAAAAUUUCCUUUGAGAAAACCGCCAUGUUGGACGACGAAAUUACAAAAAAGGAUCAUAAAACUAUAAUGCUGAUAUAUAAAAUUCAUCAGUUCUGGCUUGUUUUUGAAAGAAGAAAGGAGUCCUGCAAGCUUUUUUAUCUCAUUACUCUACAAAUUGUACCAGUGGUUGCCAAGGUAAUACUUCAAUUGCUUCGUUGGUCGAUCGCUUCAAGUGCCGAGUAUUUUUUGUCAGAGUAAUUUGAAAUUAUCAACGUACUGAGUUUUUAACGUAAAUUGGCCACCGUUUAGAGUUUCAAAGCUUGCGUUUCGAGUGCAAGCCCUUCGUCAGCGCCCUUCGCCCUUUCGCUCUGAUGAAGGGCUAAAGCUCUAAACUCUCAACGGUGGCGAAUUUACGUUAUCAACUCAGUUGAUAGAACUAAGUUAAUUUGGUAUCUUCUCCCACUGAUGCAGCACCAUAGUCUCUUCAGAAACUUACCCCCUUUAUUAAUUUGUUGAUAGGUUGGGGAAAAAUAAAACAUCCGGGAAGUUCGUAUCACAUCUUACAACAGGCCAUGAUGCCACCGAUCGACAACAAUAAAUGCAAACAAAAGAUCAGCCAGGCAGGAGGUACUUUGUUGAAAUUAACAUAAGGUAGAAAAGUUUUAAUCAAAAGAUGAAAGAUCUUUGCAGUUAGAUACACAAAUUGUAUAACAAUAGAAAAAAUCAUGAAAAUGUAUGUUUAGCCGGGAUUUGUGUGGAUUUGAGUCCGCAUGUCCCUCCCGCCAUAUCGGUAUCGAUGUAUUUCACCUCUCAAAACUGCCAUUCCGCAGUUAAAAAUAUAUUAUCACUAUUAUUAUCAUUAUUACUACUAUUUUAGGCUUUUAUAAAUCGAUAAGUUUUUAUUGAUCUCUGUUACGAUAUCUGUUAACCGACAGAAAGAACUAUACUCCUGCAAACUCAACUACUUUAUUAAACAUCAUGCCAUGAGCUAAUUCUUACAAAGAAGCGACUCCUAUAACCAAUACCAACAAUAACGUACCUCGAAAACCUUACUUGAGUCCAUUACAGACAAUAACUUAUUUUAGCACCGACGCAAAUUCCCUGUUAUCUCUAAAUCUCCUUGAAUUGAACAAUCCAUGAGUAUCCAUGUCACCAUGACUUAGCAUUUUAGAAAUCUCCCUCUCCAUAAACAUAUCUCGUUACCUACCUAUGAGAUUAUAUUAGAGAAAUGGUUUGACGUUCUCAAAGCUCGCUAAGUCAACAAGAAGAUGUAUUGUCAUGGUAACAAUAUGCAGAAAAACAAAAAUUGAUUACUUUUUUUCAUUUUGAACCUCACUUAAGUGUCAAUACCCUUUACUCGCGAGAUGCUUUGUGCGGGCGUGGAGAAUACCAUUCUGAGUGGUUGUCAUGGUGACAGUGGAGGUCCUUAUGUGUGUCUGAACUCAGACAAGAAAACUUACACCUUGCAUGGCGCUGUCAGUUGGGGGUCUGGACAGUGUAAUGCCAAGAUGAUUUUCACCGUAUUUGCCCGAGUGACAAGAUUCCGAGCUUGGAUCAAACAGCACACUAAUUUGGAUGGAGGAGGUUUGUAACAAUUAUAAAAUCAUUUUAUUCUUUUAAACAAUUUCAAACGAUGUUUGAUUCCAUUAUCAUUAUCGUUAUUAUCAUCAUUAUCCUCAUCAUCAUCAUUUUUAUUCUCAUCGUCAUCAUUAUGAUCAUUACCAUUGCUAUUAUUAUAAUCAUUAACAUAAUCAUUAUUGUAUCAUUCAUUAUUAUUAUUAUCAUUAUUUUUGUCAUUCAUACAAAAAUGCCUGCUGAUGGGACUAGUAUAUGCCAGGUGAGAAAUAGCUCACCUAGGAUUACACUAAAAAAUGCGAAUGUGGAAGCGAUCUUCGCAGUGCGGAACAGUACUUAAGCAGUAGUGAAAACAGAGCCUGAAAAAAAAUUAGGCCUGUAUGAGAUUUGAACUACUGCUUAGGUAGUGUUCAUUACUGCGAAGAUCGCUUCCAUAUUUAUUGUAUGACUUUCAUAUAUUUACAUUCACUGAAAGAUAUAUUAGAAUUCUCCUCACAUUUCCUAUCUUAAAAAAGAGUUCUGUUAUUGUAGCAACUCGGUGCGAAAGGAUUUUAAAUGUACCAUGCUCACCAAAGUUAGUGAUUUGUUUGAUUGCACAUUUUCGUAAUUGGCUAACCCUGAUCAAUAGUAAAGCUCAAUUAAAUCAAAAUUGUUAUAAAACUAUUUAAGUCACUUUAAUGAUAGAUAUAAAGAUGAGGCAAUAUCAACCUUGGGUGUGUUUGCAUUGAUAGGAGGAACACCACCUCCGCCACCGACACCACCGGUGCCAACAACCGCUGGGAACGCUGGUAAGGGCGAUGAUUCACAAUGAAUUUGUUGGAAUUAACAGUUAGCUGAGCUUCAGGAGAGGGUCUCAAUGAGAUUGGACGAUAGCCGUAAAACGUCCUAAAAACGUAACCGCUAGGUGUCAAAAUUGGCAAAUUUAAACCUUAAGUCGUUGAAAAAGGUAACCGUAAGUAGAAAUUUCCGGUGACGACAAUGAAUGGUGUAAACCGUUAGCCAUAAAAAUGGCUAAAAUUUUAACCUUUAGCCAUGAAAACCCAUUACCCUAUUGAGACCCUCUUAGUACAGUCAAGAAAAUCGACACAGCAAAAUUAAACAGCCUCAGUUUGUUAUCAUAUCAGAGCAUUUUUGGAACAUUUUCACGACUUAAAAAAAUCAUGAGAGGAAAUGUACAUUCUAUAUGUAGCAGUGGGUCUCGUAGGAAACCACGGUACACAGAUUCGAUCGGAUUUCAGAGCCUCUAUUCCACAGAUGAGCGCGUGUUGGUUCCGCUAACUCCUCAGCUUCGUACAACAGUUGCUUUUGAAAAACACUGUCGACCAAAACCACAAGGUUUUUUAUGCCAUUAGGGGGCACAAUUAUAUGAUAACACCGUACCUUAAAAGCUUGUCCUUUGGUGACGCUCACGUAGCGCUGGUAACUAGCAUAACGAGACUCCACUACAUAAAAAAAAUUGUAGCCUUUGUUGCCUUUGUAAGGAUGAGGCGAUAUUUUAUGGUCCAUCUCAUUUUUAUUGUUAUCUUUAUUCAUUUUAUGGUAGUGUAAAGUUUAUUUUACCAUUGUGGUUUGUCUCCAACAGUGUUCUCGUGCGACUUUGAUCAAAAUUUGUGUGGAUUUGUUCAAUCAAAAAAUGACAAGUUUGACUGGACUGUUAGAUCAGGAAGUACACCUUCUUCUUCUACUGGGCCAAGUGCAGAUGCCUCUGGAAAUGGUAAAUAACUUUAUUUGAAAUACUUUUAUGUUUGUGCAUUUUCAACUUUCGAUAAGACAACACUGCUUCCUCUUCAAUCAGACAAAGGUUCUCUUCAACAUAUGCGUCGCUCAUUUACAUAAUGACACAAUUUGAAUGGGUCUGAGGAAUCUCGGCAAUGCUAUUGAAUAUUACGAGUUUUUACCGAAAAGUGAGCCAUUGCCUUCAAUCAUCAUGGUACAAUGUAAAUUUUGCUGCAUUGAAAAUAUUUCGUUACUAGAUCGCGAUCCAUACCAGCCUUACGGCGAGCUCUAUAAAUACGUCUUUCGGAAAAUGAAUUAUCAAUCUUCAUUGCCCUGCUCAUUUUAAUCAAUCUCUACAGGAAAAUAUGCAUAUAUCGAGACUUCUUCUCCAAGAGUACAAGGGGACAAUGCUAAGCUUGUAAAAGACGGUUUGUCCUUCAAAACGAAGAAAUGUUUGUCGUUCUACUAUCACAUGAACGGAAAUACCAUGGGAACAUUAAACGUGUUUGUGGGGCAAAGGAAAAUAUUUUCUAAGUCAGGAAAUCAAGGAGAUCAGUGGAAAAAAGCAUCAAUCGAUGUAACUGACGCUGGAGCAUCAGAGGUGGGGUCGAAAUAAAAAAAAUUGUCUUCUCACUUGUUUGUAAAACACCUAAUAUUUUAAUAAAGUAAAAUUAAGCGGGUUAAAAAAUUCUAAGAAGCUGAUACAGAAAGUUUUUAGUCUUUCAAUAAUUUGUUCAUUCAUCGGUCAUGCUAUGGUGUGGGAAGGGAGGCUAGUGUCAAAGGGAAUUCAAAGGUCAGGAAUACGCAAACUACUUUUAAACGAGCAUAGAUGGAGCUUUCAGAAUGUAGAGAAACUUCGACGUUUUUAUAUAACCUUUCAGCUCACCUUAACCCAUAGAAAUUACUAAAAUAAAGGGCGUGGCUUCUUGUAUCACCAUGUAACAUAUUUUAGUGACGCGAUCAAACGCCGCGGAGUAAGUAAAACUUUCAGUGUUGUCGAAACGGCGUUUAUUCAUGGGCGGCGCUAAUUUCAAUAUCACAAUUCUUGAGGAAGCAAAAAACGGGUUUCACGUCGCGCCAAAUGUUUCGGAUUAUAAAAUUAGGAAAUGUCUCAGCACGGAAGUUUUUGUUUGGGUGAUUACACAACUAUGCGUUGGAGCUUUAUUAUUGGAACAAGGCAUUGAUCGUGAAGUAUCUGAUGUACCAGGCUCCGUCGCACAUUUUUUUGACGCAAGUAUGAGUAUAAAUUUCACAUCAUAAAAGACAAUGGGAAAAGUAUGCAAGAAAAUCAGUAAUAAGAGCAAAGCAUUUUUGAAGCUAAAAUCUGCACUUUGACUGAGACUAAAGCCGCACUUAGAGCUCAGAUGAAGAGCAAAAUAACUCAGUCACAAUUCAAGUUUGAUGAACACCUUGAUAUACAGAUACCUUUCUUUUCAGUUGAUAUUCGAGGGCAUACGUGGAAGUAGUUUUAGAGGAGAUGCAGCCAUUGACAACGUGGUGCUGAUGGAAUGUGGCGGUGGCGGCGGCGGCGGCGGAGGAGGAGGAGGAGGUGGUGGCUGUGGUGAGUCAGUUACAGAAGAAGUAUUAUACAGAAACCAUACAACCUCGAGAUUCUCAUCCCGUGAUAGUUGAUGAAGGUGAAACCCAAUCGACCAUCACGCAUAGAAAUUGAGAACCAUUUUUUUUGAAACAUAGAUCUAUUAGUCGAUCAAAACUUAACAACAAGAAAAGUCAUGUUUUCAGUUUAUUUUGUUAACAAUCGAGAACUGUCAGGCCACUCGAUCGACGAGUCGAUGUCGAGUACCUUAGUUUAUCAGGUUGCAGCAUUGGUGAUAGAACACUCGCGUUAUCAAAUUUUCUUAAAAUUUGAUAACGCUGCCAUUUUGAUUCUUUCUUAGCAGCCUAAUUACUUGCCUGAGACGCAACCAAAGCUCACCAUUCCUUUUUCCAUCUCUUGGCCAUCAGUUUGCUGGACCCGAAGAAUUGACAAGCAAAUUGUUUCCUUGCAAUCCCUAAUUUUUGGCUUUAAUUUCUGGCAUUAUUUCGUUAUCUAUUCAUUCAUUUCAUUUCUCUCAGGAUCUUCACCCCCUCCAAUAACAGCUGCGACCCCUCCCGCAAUUGGUAAGUGUUUUUUUCUCAUAUUAGUAAAAACAUUUAGGAAGACACCAAAACACCCAACACUUCUUCCGUACAGUUUUUUUUCUCGAUGCAUUAAGAUCUUAGCUUUUGCAUUGACAGUAACCGUUUCUCCGUAACACUGGUGAGUCUCAGUAAAACCCAUGGAAAAUUCAUUUGAUUUGAUUGAUGUUCCCCUUUUCCCUCCUACAAACAAUAAGUCAAUUUGGUUUUCUACAACUGGGUUGAUAAUGAAAUGACCGCCGUCGAGAAUUUCUUAAGCGGACUUUUCGAGCGUCAGCCCUUUGUCAGAGCAAAAGCUCAAACAACCGAAGGUAAAAGCGUGGAGAUCAUCUGCAAGGCAAUGGAGGCAAAACUGCGAAGAUAUUAUGCCUACAGUUCUUUCAAUGUUUUGUGAAUUGUAAAAGAAAAAUCCCGCACAGUUUUGUCUUUUCGCGUUCUGGGUGUUUGGCUAUCUGGUUUUACAACCUAUCACAAAGGGCGUAAUAAGAUCAAAAACAACAAAAACAUAAGCAACGACAACAAUAACAACAGCAACAACCACGACAACGAAAAUUACUUAUUGUUUAUAGAAAUUUUAAUUUCCGAUGAUUUCCUUAAUUAAUUUACAGAACUUUCUGGAUACAUGUAUUUAUUUGCAUUCAGAGGCACAGCCAGCGUUUUUUCGACUUAUUGUGGGUCUGUCCCUAAAGAAAGUUCAAUGUUUGUUUCAACAUUUGCAAGAGUCGUAUCAUAAAAGUCAAGCGCGUGGGAAAAAUUUUUGCCGGGCCUGCAGGCCUAUCAUGAGCCAGGCUAACUACACCACUGGCAUUUUAUCUUUCUCGCUGAAUAUUGCGCUAUAUUCUUAUGAUGGCGACGAAGCAGCACCAAAGUAAGCGAGCUUUAUGCACCUAAAAGUCAUCUGAUCUUGUGCUCUUACAUAUUAUAUAUUCAACCAAGUUUGUUGGUUUUCCUUUUCCCUUCAGCAACAACAACUGCUCCACCUGCACCACCAUCAGGUAUGCUGGUUUUGUUCUCACCAGCUAGGAAAUAUAUUAAGGAAAGUAGAACUAUGUUGGUGUAGAGCUAAACAAGACUUCGCAUGUCAGGGAGAGACAGCAACAUUAAGCAAUAUGUAUUCAGCUGGAACUUUCGGAACCUUUUAAAAGGACCAGCACCCAGUGAAACCGGGCUGCAAAUGGUUAACCUUUAGAUGUAUUGUGUACCACAAGCUGACAAAACCGCAAUUUCGAUUGCGUGGUCAUCAUAAUUUUCUAUUCAUUAUUUAAGCCCAAAAACUAGAGAUAAUUUGGGCUAUUGGGAUAAUUUUUUGUUUUCAAAACCAUAUUGUUUUGGAAAAACUUAAUUUGCUAUAGUUUAUGUUAUUAUUUCAAGCUCUGUCCAAAAAUACUUUUUGCCCUGCCUUUUGCCCUGUAUCCUCCAUUGCCUUCAAAUUGCUCCCAGAUGUAAAAAUGGUUUAAACUCUAGAUUCAUACUUGAGAUCCCAACGUAACUCGAACAAGUGAUUUCGUUCUAUUUUUCCGUCUUAAGGAAUUAAAAAAGGAAUGUUUAGGGCGGGUCAUGUAUUAUUGCGGUGUCGCAGUCUAAUAAUUACUAUUUUUGUUUAAAAAGAGUCGAAAAAAUCUAAUAAGUAUCAAUUUUUUUCUACUUUAGCAUUUAGUUGUGACUUUGAACUACCGAAAAUAUGCGGCUUUGUACAGAGAACAAAUGAUGAUUUCGACUGGACACGUCGCAAAGGAUCCACCUCAUCCAGCAAUACGGGGCCCAGCGGUGACCACACCAGUGGCAAUGGUUUGUAGAGUUCUUAAUAAAUCUUUUCCUUCCUUUUUUGCGACCUUAAGUGCCAGCUCAGAUUUAGUCAUCAAUUCUUAUGCUAAAUAUUCAGAUAAAUUAGUAAAUAAAACUAGUUAGGAACGAAAUAGUGCAAAUAUCAAGGGAGUAACUAAGAAUUGCAAGAAAAACUUCACAAACGGUGGACUUUGCCUUUUACAAAGCUCACGAAGGUUGCUAAAGCACUCACUUACGACAACCUGGAGAAAUGGCAAGCAGGCAAGCCAUAUAUGUGAUGUAAUGAUCAACUCCUUCCACCAUUUUCUUGGAAUUGACACUGAUUUCCCCUUUUUUUGCUUGUUUGUAGGUUACUACAUGUACAUAGAGACAUCAAGUCCUCGAAGGAUCGGAGAUCAAGCGGGCCUGGACAGUCCUAAACUGGUCUUCAAGGGCACCAUGUGUCUUCAGUUUUACUACCAUAUGUAUGGUAAAACUAUUGCUUCACUUCAAGUGGUGAUAAAUAAUAAAAUUGUCUUUAAUGAACUUGGGGAGAAAGGCAAUAAGUGGCUCAAAGCAGCGGUUGAUGUCAAUCUCUCGGGAAUGUACGAGGUAAUUAAACAAAAUCUUUGGGUAUUUCGUUUGUAAACCAAAAAGAGAAUCAAACACAUUUAUUGUUUUUCAUCUUAUUGUUUGAGGUGUUUUCAGUGAACUAGCUUAUCUUUCAUAAAACUCUUAGAUAAGAUUUAACGCGAAAAGAGGCUCCAGCUACACUGGCGACAUCGCAAUCGAUGAUUUCACACUUUCACCGGGAGGUUGUUCCUCAGGUAUGUACAGCCUAAAUUCCAGCAAAGUAUCAUUUCAAAAUUAAUCAAUGAGCAGGUGUUUAAACUACCCUAUAGAAAAAAAAAAUUAGAUAAAAGCUUGAGAGAUUUUUAUCGGAGAAUGUUGUACUUAGAUGGAGAGCCUGUCAUAAGUGUCAGUUUUGCAUCUACAAUAGUCCAGAAAAAAGUUCAAAGGACCAACUUGGAAAAAAAACUAGUUAACGAAAGACUUCUCAAGUCUUUUUUUAUAAAGCGCCUGUGCCCUGAUAAAGAAGAGAGGGGAGAUGGCGGGGGGGGUGUGGGGGGAUUAAGAGGCCCCUGAUCCCGCAAUACUCUCGCGUCUCAGUCGUUUAUGUUCUGAAAAAUGCCUUUUUAUGCCAUUAGCAAUUUAAAAUGUUACAUCUCUUCAUGUAUUAAUCUGCUUGCAUUUAGCCAUCGCUUACGCUUGCAUUGAAACAGAAACUUGUAUUUAGGAAAUUGUACGGAUUGCAUCAAAUGGUUAAAGAAAAUAAUUUGAAUUUCAAAUAAUUUACUCUGUAUCUGUUGGUUAACAUUAAUUAUUUGCUGUUCCUUUUUCAUUUCUUUCCCAGUAACUCAACCGCCUCCGACAACAUCCGCUCCCCCACCUCCACCCGGUGAGAACUUGUUUCAUCUUUGCUUUUGUUAUAGUCAUAGCUAUUGCUGUGUCUUCUUUUUACUCUUACUGACUACUACUAAUGGUUCGUAUAAAAACACGUUUUAGAAGAUAUAUCGAUUUAACGAUAAGUGACACUCAUGAAGUGUUUUCAGAAAUACAAAGUUACAAUGACAAAAAAACGAGGGCCGGGAUUAGCCGCUAAAACCAUCAAAGGUGCAAACAAAAUCUUCAACUACAUGGACUUGUCUGGAAAACACCUGACGUCCUAGAAAUCAGUCUGAUGUGAAACGAACAUAAAACGAUACGUUAAUUUGCUAUUGUCUCUCGCUUUUUCGCGCUUCUGGCAGAUUACUUGCAUUUACUUGAGUUCUCGUUCAUUUCUUACUUUCAUUUUACAUCAAAUGUUUUUUUUUCGGUUGUGGGUGAAACUCUGAUUUUGCUUCAAUGACACUCAAUCCAAAAUAUGUUUAACAUUUUGCAAUGCGUUUCCUCUUCUACGGCUAUUCACACACAAGAAUUCUCAUUUAUCUCAUGUAUGCCUUUCGGAGAUCUUGAGCAGAUUCUUGCAGUGGAUUACCAUUGUCUCUGAGGUAUUUCGUGUCGAUGUCUUAUAGUUUCCAUUGCGCAAGGUUUGGUAGUCCAUGAUUUUCUUCUGCACAAACGGAGAAAUCAUGUAAUGCCUAUUCAAAUCAAACAGUAGGUUUGCUCGAUAUAAAAGAUGGUAGGAUAUUUCGGAAUUAAUUCGAUUUACAGCGUUUUAAGACAGCAAACCUCUAACGAUCCCCAAAAUGUUACUUUCAUAUGAUAUAUAAAACUUCGGCCGAAUCGAGCGCUGCAUCUUGUUAUGCAGACUCAUUUACUCUACUGCCCUGAGCGACAAUGAAGGCGCGCUCACUGUCACCAAAAGAAACGCACCAUUCUGGCAACAAUGAAAUGAAGAGGAGCGGAAGAUAUUAAAAUGUUUUAUUCACAUAUUCCAAAAUAGCAUCUGAGGUAUCAAUGUCGCCAGAAAAAGAUAGCGGCUUUUCAAUGACUACAAGGUCAUCAUUUAUCACAUGCACGUAAGUCGCGAAAUACAUCAAGUUGGCAUCCUUGAAAGCGCUCUGAGAUAAGUAAUAAUCAUGCAAUUCGAUUAAGAAGCUUACCGCGUACUUAUCCCUUUUAAUAUUUUUUUCUAAAAGGUUCUUGCGGUAUCCGUCCACAAAGCAGGAUCGUUGGUGGUGUCGCCGCUAAACACGGUGACUGGCCAUGGCAGGUUCAGUUACGAACCACAAGUGGCUUUCCCUAUUGUGGAGGUUCCCUUGUCAAUUCCCAAUGGGUCGUUACGGCCACUCACUGUGUCAGCGGUAAAUCGCCAAAUUCCAUUAUCAUAAGGUAAACCGUUUCUCAAAAUCUACAUUUCGCGGUCCUUCAUCCAAUCUAAUGUAGACCUCCUCAAAAUGGCCACCAAAGACUUCCUAUUAUCGUAAGGAAAAUCCAUGCCCAGAUGAAGGAUGAACAUGGUCAGAAAAAGUAUACUUUAAAAUUUCAAGUACAGGUGCAUGCAACAUAAAUUGGCGAAAAGAUAGCAGAUUAUAAAUAUAUGCUACUACCUUCAAGGAAUCAGUUUUGCUUAGUGCAAAAAAUGUUUUUAGUCCGAUCCGUUUCGAAAUACUUAGCCAAAACUGGCAUUUAACUUCGAUGUGUUUUUUAGGAGAACGGAAGCUCCUUCCUCUUUUUUGCGACUUCACUGGUCACAAAUCAUGAAUCAUCUCUUGCGAACGGCAUUCAAUUCCAUCUCUUUUGAUUACAUCAAGAUACUCUUGGCCAAAGUCGACUUGGGUGGACAUGAAAAAAAAAAAAUCAACUAAUGCGAAGAAACACUUUAUAGCUGAUGGCUUUACUUAUUCUUUCCUUUGUUUUGUCUCCUUUUGUUAUUUAGAGCUGGUGCCCAUAGACGUGUUAUUGGUGUUGGUACUGAGCAGGACUUUAAAGUGAGCAAAGUUAUCACUCAUCCAUCUUAUCACAGGCCAACAAGAUAUGCUCACGACAUCGCUCUACUCAAACUGGAGAAACAAGCUCAGAUUAACAGGUCUAAUAAACAUGAAUAUUAACCUCCUCGCUAUAAAUAUCUCACCUGUUUGAUGGCGCAAAAAAUCAAUUUCUGGUAAUGGAGAGCACGUUUUUGUUGAGUUUUACUAAAUUUUGGUAAACAAAUUAGUCAAAACUCUUCAGUCACUGCAGCAUAUCUCUUUUAGUUUAAUGUAUACAUGUAGGAAACUCUAGUUACCCAAAAAAUUUGAAAUAUACAUUAUCACAGAAAACGCUCCCUGGAAGAAGGAGAGCUAACUUCAAAUCACCUAUGAUUAAGAAAAGUUGCAAAAAAUCCCUAAGGUUUUUCAUCUAUGUAUGUUUUGGAAGAACAUGACUUCAAGUCACUGAGCUAGAGAGAUGGUCUCUCUAUCCAUACAGUAACCGAAAACUUACUGGAGAUUUCUUUCUCUAGGUUUGUUAACCUGGUAUGUCUUCCCGAUGCCGUCUCUGAACCAGCUGACGGCACCAGAUGCUGGAUCACGGGUUGGGGCCGACUUUCUUCCGGGGGUGCUACACCAGACUAUCUUCAGCAAGUUCAGGUCCCGGUGGUAAGCCGAGCUCGUUGUGAUAAAGCCUACCCAGGGAAGAUCCACGACUCCAUGAUCUGUGCAGGCCUGGACCAGGGAGGAAUAGAUUCCUGUCAGGGGGAUAGUGGGGGACCAAUGGUUUGUGAGACCGGAGGGAGGUUUUAUCUGCACGGUGCCACCAGCUGGGGUUAUGGAUGCGCCAGUCCUGGCAAGUUUGGUGUCUACGCGAAAGUGAAAAACCUGUUGAAAUGGCUCAGAGACGAGAUGUCAAAGAACUAA